GCAUACUUAUUACGAAAAGAUGCAGAAAACAUUAUUAAUAAAGAAUUGAAAAUAAACACUAUGGACCAUAUAUUUAAAAAUUGUAAAAACAUAGAUAAUGUCAUUGAAGGAACAAAAGGAUCUAUGUACAUUAAUAAAAAUAAAUUGGAUUCUGCGAAUCCAACAAAUGAUUCAUGUCCAAAAGAAGGAACUGAUCGUUUUGAUGUAGGAAAAAAAUGGCAAUGUAAUAAUAUAAAUAGAAAACAUAACAAUUUAUGUUUACCUCCAAGAAGAGAACAUAUGUGCAUAAAAAAAAUACAAAACAUGAUGAGGUUUAAUGUUGAUGAUAAAGACAAAUUGUUGAAAGAAGUAAUGGAAGCAGCAAACGAAGAAGGAAUCGAUAUAUUAAAAAAAUUGAAACCACAAAACCAAACUGAAUUUUCUGAAAUAUGCGAUGCUAUGAAAUAUAGUUUUGCAGAUAUAGGAGAUAUUAUAAGAGGUAGAGAUUU